CCUCUCCAGGACACCAGGGGCGCUGCUCGGCCCGCCGGUCCCUCUCGGUACACGUCAUGCCAGCAGCUUUUGCGUUGUGCGCAUGCGGGUCUCUAGCUCCUCCUUUAGGAACUGCUUCUCGAAGAAGAGUAACUCGCUGGACGAUGAUAAUGAAGAUGCUGCACGUGUUUUUGGGGCUGGCUCUGAUGGGCCUGGGUUCUGGAGAAGAGGGGGCCCGUCUGCUGGCCUCCAAGUCCCUGCUGAACCGCUACGCCGUGGAGGGCCGGGACCUCACCCUGCAGUACAACGUCUACAACGUGGGCUCCAGUGCUGCACUUGAGGUGGAGCUGUCGGAUGAUUCUUUCCCCCCCGAAGACUUUGGAAUCGUUUCGGGGAUGUUGAAUGUGAAAUGGGACAGGAUUGCACCAGCAAGCAAUGUCUCUCACACAGUGGUGCUGCGCCCCCUGAAGGCCGGCUACUUUAACUUCACCUCUGCCUCUGUCAGCUACCUCGCCCAGGAGGGAGGCCAAGUCGUGGUGGGCUUCACCAGCGCCCCCGGCCAGGGAGGCAUCCUGGCUCAGAGGGAGUUUGACCGGCGCUUCUCCCCACACUAUCUGGACUGGGCAGCGUUCGGGGUGAUGACUCUGCCCUCCAUCGGCAUCCCUCUGCUCCUCUGGUACUCCAGCAAGAGGAAGUAUGACUCCCCCAAGGCAAAGAAGAACUGAGAGGCUGCGUGGGAGGAGCACUCUGAAUAGGUUAAUACGCCAUAUUGGAGUUUAAAAGUCAAGACGUGCGGUGACCAAGGGCUGGAUUGUGAUUAAGAGAACUUUCGAUCCAGGAAUAGGACAACAGCCAGAGCAAGGGGAGCAGUUCACUGCUGCUCAUUUGGGUUCAUGAGACAACUGCAUGGCUGUUACUACUGUAACUGAAUUGUGUUAUUGGAUACAAAUGUAACUGAAUUCAGAUUGAAAGUUUUCAGCCGGCUGUUGAAUUUGAAGAUAAAUUAAAGUUUUUUUUUUUUUCUAAA